GUGUCGGAGGAACUUAGGACUAUAAAUAAGUGUCUCUGGUAAAGUCUCAUUGUUAGUUCUAUAGAUAAGAGAGGAAAUUGGUUCAGAAAAGAAAAAUGGCCACCAUUGAUGUUCCUGAGCAGGUUUCGGUUCUUGCAGAUGCGGAAGCUCUUAGAAAGGCUUGUAAAGGAUGGGGGACAGAUGAGAAGGCAAUAAUUUCAGUGUUGGGUCACAGAAAUGCAGUUCAAAGGAAGCAAAUCAGGCUUGCUUAUGAAGACCUUUACCAGGAAGAUCUCAUCAAGCGUCUUGAAUCAGAGCUUUCUGGUGAUUUCGAGAAAGCAGUGUAUCGUUGGAUAUUGGAUCCAGCAGACCGAGAUGCUGUGUUAGCUAAUGUUGCCAUAAAGAAAUUAAGCCCUGAUCACCAUGUGAUCGUUGAAAUUUCAUGCACCAGAUCCCCUGAAGAGCUCUUGGCUGUGAGGAGAGCUUAUCAGGCUCGAUACAAGCAUUCCCUGGAAGAAGAUGUGGCAGCUCAUACCAAGGGAGACACUCGAAAGCUCUUGGUUGCCUUAGUGAGUGCAUUUAGAUACGAUGGGGAAGAAAUAAAUACGAGAGUAGCAAAUUCUGAAGCCAAAAUUCUCCAUGAAGCUGUCAAAGACAAGGAAUUCAACCAUGAAGAAAUUAUCAGGAUCUUGAGUACAAGGAGCAAGAUGCAACUCAUGGCGACUUUCAAUCGUUACAGAGAUGAUCAUGGCACUACCAUUACCAAGAACUUGGAAGGUGAUUCAGGUGACGAAUUCCUCAAGACACUGCGUACGACGAUUCGAUGCCUUAAUGACCCGAAAAAGUAUUUCGAAAAGGUUUUGCGCAAUUCGAUCCGGAGGGUUGGAACCGAUGAGGAUGCACUUACCAGAGUAAUUGUUACAAGAGCUGAAAAGGACCUGAAAGAUGUCAAAGAGCUUUAUUACAAGAGAAACAGUGUGCCUCUUGAUCAAGCUGUUGCUAAGGACACCACAGGGGAUUACAAGGCAUUGCUUCUUACUCUGUUGGGAAAAGAAGAUUGAACGUCUUUAUUUGGCCCAUUUUCAGGUUUAAAUUAAGUGUUGUUCUGGUUUGAGAUUGGACCUUAUUGAUAUGAGUCACUGUUAUCUUCAUCUUGUUUUUAAGUUUUUAUGUGGUGUGACAAUGUUUGUUUACAUUUGGUUUGGUUUUAAUGGAGUUGUUAUUUUCCAAA